UAACUGAAGCUCUCGAACAUUAUUGUUAGCUUGCUGCUGACACUUUAAUUGAAGAUCCUAGAGUUAGGGUGCCUGUCUUCUGAUGGACAUACAUUUCUUUUGUGUCUGUUUUUUGUCCUCCUCUUUUAAACGAUUGUUGAUUAUGUGUGAGUCAAUGAUGACAAACUUUUUGGGGUGAAUAGUUUUGUAUCAAGUUGUAAAAAAUAUUAUCAUCAAAGCAUUUGCUUUUUUUUAUUGCUUUUCUAUGCCCUUCUCCCUAAAGACUCACAUAAGGCUUCACACAGGGGAAAAGCCAUACAGCUGCUCAUAUUGUGACAAGAGCUUUGCAUCUUCGAAAUACUUCAAAAAACAUCAGACGAGAAUUCAUACAGGGAUCACGUCUAGUGGAGAAACUAGCCACUGAAUUGUAUAAUACAUCAGACAGUACAGUGUCUAGUCAUUUUGGACACUUUAUGAUUAUGUAGGCUAUUGGUUGUAUUUACUUCAGUGAUAUAUAUUAUUUUCGCACUCAUUGAGUUAUGAUCGUAAUGUAAUUCAUUUUUAUUAUUCAUUGUUUUGCUGGGUAAUAUAUUUUCUUGUAAUCUGCAGUUAGCAUAUGUGACUGUAGUUAGCUAUGUUAUAGCCUAUGCAGUUUUGUAUGUGGGAAAGAAAUCAACAUGUAUGUGUGUAUAACAAGCUAAUUUGAUAAACGAGACGUGAAGUUUGAAUCAUUAAGUUGGGCAAAAGGUGAAGCAAAUAGGCCAGAUAACAGUGUAGUAGGAAACUAUCUAACUAAUUAUAUCUGAUACAUACAGGGGUAAAACAUAAAAGUAGGUCCUAUGUUUAUGUUAAUAUUUGUUGGUUUGAAUUCUAGGCUAUAGAUGGCAAAUGAAUGACCAUGAGAAAUAGUGGGUCCAAAGGCCAGACAUUAAGAACCACUGUUCCACUGGAUUAGCCUGAUAACAUACGUUUAAUUGGCUAGGUUUCAAUAUAGUGGCGACAACAAACACAUGCACAGCAAGCAGAGAGGGAGAGAGAGCUGCAAUAGCCUUUUAUCAGGCAGGGUAGGCCUUAACAAUUAAUGAUGUGGUAUCGAUGGGAUCAUCCUCUGGAAGCAUCACUCAAGACAGUCGACAUUCUGAUUCGUCAAAUAGGAGUAUUGUUUACGUCGUCAUCGCUACGAGACAAGCGGAAGUAGACACGAAUUCAACAGCUGCUGUUAGACUGUUACUACUGCAAAUGGUGUAUUUCCGAGCGUGUAUUUGGUAUAGUUUAUGUGAAAUCGGCAUACUUCGUGCACACUUUCGAUAAACUGCUUGGUACAUAUUUUAAUGGUAAGAGCGAAAACCCAACUUCUCUCAGAGAAACAACACAAUGUCGAACCGUCUAGCGUUCCAGACGCAGCUAGCCUCCGUCAUGGAGGUCUUAGCUAAUGCAGCCGUGGCAGAAAUUUGUAAGCUUGUAGACGACGAUUACGCCGUUAUACAUUUGCAAAUGUCUCAGUGCCAACGAGAAAACAAAGUACUCAAAAGGAAGUUGCAUUUAUUUGAACUGAGAAUGGCUCGGGGUAAUGCCGAAAGAAGAAUACGUGAAAGUGCUAUGAGCAAUCGCUCGAACAGAGUCCAUGUAAAUGCAAACAUAAACAUCGGUGACAAGUACAGAGCGCCUACGUCUGCACACUUCACAUCCGGUGGCGGUGUUCUUGGUAGGCAGAUGAAUAUCGGUUUGUGGGGAGAUGGGCCGUCUUCCGGUGGAACUGAACCCGGUCAUCGCUUAUCAACAACUGAAGUAUGUCUUAACGUAGGGUCUAGAGGUGCAGAGUUGGCGGGGGCUGACCUUGUGCAUGUCAAAGAAGAGAGAGUGGAGAAUGACUCGGGAGAAAGAGAUGCACAUGAGGGCCUACACAUCAGGGAAGAUGGAACUGUAGAGGCCGGCUCUAGAGCGGAGAGGUCGGACUUUGAGGACAGCCGGGUUUCACCAGCUAGGAGUUCUGGGGAGCAACCACAGCGCAGCAUCAGGACCGGGCGAGGCACCGUGGAGCCAGAAGACAUGGAGGAAGGAGAACCUGAUGUGCUGUUCAUUAAGGAGGAGAGCCUAGAGGAAGAGGAGGAGGGCAAGAGAAGAGGUUUGAGUGUACAAGAGGGAGUGGUAGAGUCCAGCACUGGUGACUCGGGAGCGGACCAUCCACCCACAGAGUCAGAAGUGUCACCAGCUGAUGCCACUUCAGAUAUCAAUGCCCUGGAGUCUGGGAAACUAAAGCUGUCCAAAGAGGAAGCGAAGGACGAGCUAGGGGCCACUGAUGUACUGAUUGUACCAUCAGGAGAAGUACAAGUUAGAAUGGAAGGCUUUGUGGGCUCCGAACUGUCAAGCGAAAGAGACACACAGGUACUGCAGAAACGUAUCACCCCAAAACAUAUCAGAGAGGUCACGUCUGGUACUAUAUGGGACCUCACAGGCUCCGACGAUAUGCCAGAGGGGGAGCUGCAGAGUCACCCUGCCCAAGGCCUGCAGAGAGAAAACAGCAGUGCAUCACUGGGCCCUGAUUACUCUCUGUACGAGAGGCCUGCAGAGCUGGACACCCUCUUCUCUUGCUGGCCCACAGAAAGCCAACCUCAACCAGGCCAGCCCUCCUGCUCCUAUUCAGCCAGUGACCCAGACCAGGAUCAGGACUGUCUGCUGGUUCACCCUGGGCCACAGCCAAGAUCAGUACCGGUCUGUGGGGCUUCAGUGGGGACUGGGAACGCUGUCUCUUCCACUGGCCCACAGAGGGUCUUAAGGCCAGAGGGAGCAAUGGCCACAGUGGGUAACAACCCCAGACUCGCUGCGUGGCACUCAUCCCCUGUGGCAAGGGUUGGCCAAUCUGGUUGGCACACAAGGCGUAGGGGUCAAACAGAUGCCAUCCGUCUGGAGAGUGCCUCCAGCACAUCCUCCUCUCCAUCACAACUCCCCCAAAGAGUGACCUUAAACCAUGCACCACCCUUUGCUAGGUGCGGCCCAUCCACCAUGUCAACAACGCAGGUUCCCAAGUCCCUAAUGGGGCCGUCGCAGCCUCCACAGAUUUUGUUUCCACCAAUGGACCGUAUGAAAAGCAAAAAGUAUGUGUGUCGAUUCUGUGGGAAGGCAUUCGCUGGCCAGUCCAACCUGGAAGCACACCAGCGUGUGCACACUGGGGAAAAGCCUUUCCACUGCCUCACCUGUGGGAAGCUGUUUUCUGAGGCGGGUAAUUUAAAGAAGCACCAGCGCGUGCACACGGGAGAGAAGCCCUACACCUGUGGCCGUUGCGGUAAACGUUUUGCCUGGAUCUGCAACCUGCGCACACACCAGCAGUCAGCUGCCUGUGGAGGAAUAUCAGAAUACCCCCAAAGGGAAAAUUUCAGUAAUGAGUGAAUAAACAUUUAAGGACAGUUGCCAUAAGGAAAGUGGCAAGACUACUCAUGCAGGAAGCCUAUUUUCAAGUGGUAGGAACAUGUUAAAGUAACACUAUGGAGUUUCUGGAGCCGCCCGGCUCCAUAGUGUUACUUUAACCAUAGCAGUGGCCUCUGAGAAAUCAUGUUCUUCUCCUCAAAAUGAAAGUAGUGGAAGUAAAUAUCAAAUUAUAGCUCUAGUUAAGAAAACACUUUUUUCCUGACUUUUGAAGUUAAGUUGGGUCUGUGCCUAAGUAAAUCUAUCAAUGUAAUGAUGAGUUGGAACAGUGAAUUGAUCCCCAGUUGUUUGUCACAUUACUACAAGUACAUGUUCUACCUCAGCAAUAGAUUUGUAGAUUAUGCAGCAGUUAACUAUACAAUUAUCUGUCCUUCCCUCUCUCUACGGACAACUGGCCAUUUUACGGGUAUAAUGGUGUUGGCUGUUAUCAAGACCAAUGAGUACGCUUGCUCUGUUCAAAUGCAGAGCUUUUUUUACAUUAAUUAAUGAUAGUAAAAAGCAUAACUGUUAACUUGCGUUAUUCCAUGACACAAAUAUGCCAUACAUAAUUAUCAUGAAGACAAAAUGUGGUUUAAGUUUUUAAAAUGCUUCUCAAUAAACCCAGAGUGUGAUGUCAACUGUAGGCUACACGUGUUUAGUUGCAAAAAAUGUUUAUAUAUAUAUAUAUAUACACACACUAUAUGGACAAAAGUAUUUGGCCACGCUUGUUAAUUAUUGAAUUCAGGUGUUUCAAUCAGACCCGUUGCCGCAGGUGUUUUAAUUCAAGCACCUAGCCAUGCAGUCUCCAUAAAAGUCGCUAGCGCUCUGCUGAUUCCAUAGCUGAAGGGUUCUGAGCUUUAAUGUAAGCACAAAAACUGGCCGGGGGAGCUUCAUGGAAUGGGUUUCCAAAGCCGAGCAGCUGCAUGCAGGCCUCACAUCACCAAGUCCCAUGCCAAGCAUCGGAUGGAGUGGUGUAAAGCACACCAACACUGGACUGUGGAGCAGUGGAAACGUGUUCUGUGGAGUGACAAAUCACGUUUCUCUGUUUGACAGUCAGACGUUACCUGCCUGACUGCAUUGUGCCAACAGUGAAGUUUGGUGGAGGAGGGGCUGCUUUUCAGGGUUUAGACUAGGCUUCUUAUCUCCAGUGAAGGGCAAUCUUAAUGCUUCAGCAUACCAAGACAUUUAGGACAAUGCUAUGCUUCCAACUUUGUGGCAACAUUUUGGGGAAGGCCCUUUUCUAUUCCAACAUGACUGUGCCCCAGUGCACAAAGCAAGGUCUAUAAAGAUGUGGUUUGAUGACUUCGGUGUGGAAGAACUUGACUGGCCCGCACAGAACCCUGACCUCAACCCCAUCGAGCACCUUUGGGAUGAACUGGAACGGAGAUUGCAAACCAGGCCUUCUCGUCCAACAUCAGUGCCUGACCUCAUAAAUGCUGUACAGAAUGAAUGGGCACCAACACUCCAAAAUCUUGUUGAAAGCCUUCCAAGAAGAGUGGAAGCUGUUAUAGCUGCAAAAAGGGGACCAACUCCAUAUUAAAGUAUUUGUAUUUGAAUACAAUGUCAUUACAGUCCCUGUUGGUGUAA